AUGGAUCUAGCAUACGCCACUCUCAUGGAGAAGUGCCCCGACGGCACCUACUUGUAUUCACCACCCAAUUCCAAAGUCUUUCAUCCUGGCUCUUGCGGCUACUUCGACGAUGACGGACUCUGGAGAUUAUUUACUGAUCUUGCGGACACCAAGGACCCUGACUACCAACCCCCCAUCAAGCCGCUCGUUCUGGAGGACCCGACAACGUGCACAUGGAAGAAACAGCUUUCGGAGAAUCACGAGGGUCGCGGCUUUGGCGGCAAAGCAGAGGUGUCCGGAAUUGCUGCUCAAGCACCUGUGGAUGUGGGAGCCAAUUUCGCAUUAGGAAGCACUGCGAACCUUCGCGCAGGCGUGGCCGUAUCUCCACAUGUGAUACACCACUAUUUCAAUACCAAGGCGCUCCCAAUCAUCGUGAAAUGGAUUGGAGAUAACAUGGCAGCCAUGAUCGGUAACCAUCCUCAACAAAUCAAGGAUUACGGCGUCUGGGUCAUCAUGGACACAUGGGUCACAGAGGAGUGCGAUAUUGCCAUGUGGAACAAGACGGGUAGUACAAUCGAUCUCGGAGCCGAACUGGGGGCGACAAAUAUCGGCAAACUCGGACUCACUACUUCGCGCGACUCCCAGAGCGAUAUGAACCAGCACAGAAUAUACAAUGAACCUGGAGGACAUGCCGUCUCUUUCAAGGGUGUACAUUUCAAACAGAGCUCGAGGUUUUGGAGGGAGAAGAAAUUGAAGCAAAGGAAGCCGACUGAUGGCUACCUGCGCACUAUGCCGGCUGCCCUGGAGACCGCGCCCUAUAGAGACGAGGAUGGGAACCUUCGCAAAGGAGGGAAGCUCGUCAACGAGAAGGGACAGUUUAUCGACGAGGAUGGGCAUGUCGUCGACAAGAAUGGGAGACUCAUCAACGAGGAGAGAGAGCUCAUCGACAAGGAUGGGAAUCUGGUCGACGAAGAUGGGAGACUCAUCAACAAGGAGGGAGACCUUAUCGACAAAGAUGGGAACCUCGUCGAUGAGGAUGGAAACAUUCUUGACAAGGAAGGGUAUCCCCUCGACAAGGACGGGAAUCGUUUGCCCGAUGGGAUGGUUUGGGAUUUCGACUUGGUCGGAUUCGGCAAGGAAGACACCACCGCAGCCCAAUAG